GACCUAAUUAGCAGGUUUUGCGGGUUCCGGUUCUCGUUCCGCUUCGGCUCCGUCGCCCAACAGCGCCAACAGCGGGGAAUCCCGGCGCCGGCUGCUGCCUCGGAAGACGUGGGUUGUGGAGGUUGAGAAACUAGAAGCUGCGCUGUGAGUUGUGUAUGCGGGUGAGAUAGAUUGUGCCGUGCGUGCUUGUGUUCUUUUGUCGGCGAAGAGAGAGAUCAGGACGGCGGGUGGAGUUGGAGUGAACAGGAGUGCCCUAGCACGGAGAUGGAGGUAAUUAUUCCGUUGGACUGGGCGCAUGCAGCUGAGAGCAUAGUUUCCGCUUCUUUUCCUCCGCCUGUGGUCUUCAUGUGCGGGCCUAAGAAUAGCGGCAAGUCUACCUUCUCCCGCUACCUCCUCAAUGCCCUCUUGCCAAGGUAUGGGAGAGUUGGUUAUUUGGAUACAGAUGUGGGACAACCUGAUUUCUCUCCUCCUGGAUGUGUCUCUCUCACUCUUAUUAAGGAAACUAUUUCGGAUUUGAUGAAUCCAUGCAUUAGAGAAACUGAAAGGUUUUUCUACUUGGGCGACAUCUCCUCAAAGAGUAAUCCGGAAGCAUAUCUGGAUUUUACGUUAAGAUUAUAUGAUUACUUUAUCAAGCAGUAUCAUCAGCUGGAUGAACCCAAUGAUCCUGGAAAUACAGUGUUGCCUUUGAUUAUUAACACUCCUGGAUGGGUGAAAGGCACUGGUUUUGAUCUCUUGGUUGAAAUGUUAAGAUAUAUAUCUCCUACUCUAGUUGUUCAGAUACACAUUUCACUUCAGAGUAAAAAUCUACCAGUUGGGACAUUCUGGUUGGAUGCAAACCAGCAGGAACUUCAUAAAGUUCCUAUACUUGUUCUUGAUUCAGCACGUCGAAAUAUUAAAAAUGAAUCUAUAUUAGUUCAGAAAGAUGCUCGCCAUAUGCGAGACCAGCGUCUUUUUGGCUAUUUCAAGCAAUGCUUCCCCAACAACCUGAAUAUUCUGACUAAUAAAGCGCUUGCUCGUGCUCUGGCUGCUGUUUCUCCAUAUGUGGUUCCUUUUUCAAAAGUAAAGGUCAUUCAUCUUCAUUGUCAGGUUCCGAGUAGUGAAAUAUUUCACAGUCUUAAUGCUACAAUUGUUGGCCUGGCUGUCAGUUCGGAUGUGCCUGCAAAAUCCAAGUCUAAGAUACCUCCAUGUGUGGGACUUGGUAUUGUGCGAGCUAUCGAUGUGAUUAAAGGUCUUUUGUAUGUUAUUACACCCGUUCCCUUUUGCAUUCUACAAAAGGUUGAUCUUCUUCUACAGGGCUUUAUUGAAAUCCCUUCAGGUUUCUUGCGGGUGCAUGGAUGUGCAUCCCCAUACAUGGCUACAAAUGUGCUCCACAAAUUUUUGAAUGAGAAUUUGUAAGAAGUGGAACACUGGUUUGAUUGCAUGAAGAGCUACAUACAUGAUGGUUUCUACUCAUGACUCCUUUUUGACGAUUAAAGCUAGAAGGUUAUAGUUCAAUCUUCUAUCUCUAAAGUGCUCAAAUAGAAUUUUUUUGGAAAUCUACACAAUGUCAUGUUUGAUUAUAUAGCUUCGAAAAACUACAACAUUCAAGCUGUUUGGACCAGGAUAUUCAACUUUCCGAGCAUCUUUAUAGCCCUCAGAACCACAUUGAAAGAUGCAACCAAAUUUACAAGUUCUGUAGAUUAUCUGUAUGCACCAUUAGUUGAUAGGGGUGCAGUAUCAAUCCCUAUCAGUUCAGAAACGUGACUUGUAAAAGUAUUUGUGAUAGAAUCCAACUAUGCUACUAGAUCAUUCCCAAUAUGCAGUUGCUUUAUGUCAGAUCUGCUUUUUAUCUUUUGUGGGAAUUUGUAAUUGUUUUAUUCAGAUGUGCUCUUAAUCUUCCUGACUUUUAAUUUCCAAAAAAGUAACAUUGUUUGCUCAAGUGUUGACCGUUCACUUAGUGGCUAUCAAAUUCAAAAUCCCUUCUAUGUGUUUCCACUUGUUCCCAAAUUUAAUUGGAUCAUGGUUGUUUGAAAAACAGUCGCAUGCCUUUAAAAGGAUUGGCUUGUCGAAUUUGACAGAAUAGCUUCCAUGUUCUUGAAGAUACAUUCCAAUCUAGUGCUAAUAAAGGUACUGCCCAACUUGGUAUUAGAUGAUUGAAAGGAGAGCCCAUUUCACCACCUAAAAUGGCCUCCUUGAAAGGAGAGUUCCUCGAUAUUGAUUGUGUACUUAUUAUUAUUUACUUGUUUCAUCUAAUAAAAAUGAUUAAUUAAUGCUUUGUACAUAUUAUGAUGAUGAUAUGAUAUAAGUUUGAUUUUUCGCCUUUUCUCUAUUAAUUGGUAAAAAAGGUAAAAGAAUUGUUUGUUUGUUCAAUAUGCUGAUUUGUCUAUUUCCUUUGCUUGUUCAAGCCAUGAAAUUGUAUUUGAUUAUUAUUUGUA